AUGUUUUCAUUGCUUAUUUGCCUGAGUGCAGGAAUGAAACCAAUUAUAACCUCCUCCUCAGAUGAAAAGCUUCGCGAUAUUGCAGCUCUUGGGCCCGAGGGUGCAAUCAAAGUCAUUAAUUACAGGACCAACCCUGCUUGGAAAAAGAAAGCUCUUCGAUUGACUGGUGGAAUGGGUGAUGACAUUGUAAUAGAAACGGUAGGCGGAACCAGCAUCAAGCAGAGUAUUGAAUCACUGGCAACUCGAGGUGUGGUAGCAUGGGUUGCGUUUCUGGGUGGAUUAGAGCUUGAUGGAUUUGCGGAAGCUUUGGGGCAGCUUUAUCUGAAAGUUGGAACUCUUCGAUCAAUCCAGGUCGGCUCUAAGGUUGACCAAUCCAACUUGUAUCGCUUUUUCGAAACGACUAAGACUUCUUUGAAGCCAAUCAUUGGCAAAACCUUUCCGUUUGCCGAGUCCCCUGCUGCAUUUGAUUGUCUGUACGCUAGUGGAGUCCCGGGGAAAGUCGUCAUUACUCUAGAUUAUGCGGAUCAAGGUUGCAAAGUGAACUUUAAUUUGACCAAAAAGUAUAAAGAAAGAAAAUAG